AUGUUCAUCAUGUUUAAUCCCUUAGAGCUGCUUCUCACGAUGGCAUGCGUAUAUGCUAACAUGUACAACAACUGUGCUGGUUUGAACUACUCAGCAAACCAGAUUGCUGAUAUGUCUAAAAUGCUUUCAUCUGGACAGUAUUGUACCAACACUACUCCAUCCAACGAGAUGGGGUUCUUACCUCCAACCAGUCCAUCAGGGCCUGGAUAUUGUGCAAACCAAGGCGCAACUCCAUGUGCCACAGGUGGUGGAUCUUCUUCAGGAUACUAUCCCCAAAAUGGUAACACUACUAAUAUUCCAGGAAUGACAUCUUCUCAGGCCCAAGAAUGCAGCGUGGUUACUUCAGUAGAGUGUGGUCCAAAGCAGUCUGGUAACAACUCUUUAGUGCCUCAGAGAUUCACACCCUCUCAGUCGUCAACUGAUUACAGCAAUCAAAGUUGCAAUCAACAGAGCACUGGCGGCGGUGGGUUUAUUCCAGGACUGUAUCCAGGUGAUGGAUCAAGUGGCAACGGAGGAGCAUGCUAUUCACAAUCUUCAACAAGACCAGACCAAUCCAACAGCCUUAUUGGAUACUCCCAGCCUUGCAGUUCCUAUCAGAAUGGAUCUGGCAGUUUCGUUCCAGGAAACAGCCCCAUUGGAUACUCCCAGCCUUGCAGUUCCUAUCAGAAUGGAUCUGGCAGUUUCGUUCCAGGAAACAAUUCUAUUGGAUACUCCCAGCCUUGCAGUUCUUAUCAGAAUGGAUCUGGCAGUUUCGUUCCAGGAAACAGCCCCAUUGGAUACUCUCAGCCUUCUGCUUGCAGUUCCUAUCAAAAUGGAGGAGGAUUCUCUGGUUUGUUUGAUUGCUCAAAUCCUUCCUUUGGCAAAACCCCAAUUAAUACUGCAUAUAUUGGAACGACCGAGCUUCCUGUCGUUCCAGGAUUUACUAUUAACCCUUCGUCCUGCAGCUCAAGCAGUGCAUGCUGUACACCUUCUGCUCAAUAA